GUCAGCAGCAGCAGCAGCUCCAGUCUCAUGGUAAAGAAAAGGCGUUGUGGAUGGAUCGUCAUCUGGCUUGAUUCUCCCCCCUAUCUCAUCCCGUUCCAUGAUUCUCCCCGUCCCUCGUCGCCCACACUCUCCCCACACUUCCUGCUCUGCUCUGCUCGCCUCUGGUACAGGCGACCAGAGCGAGAACGGAUCUCUCGAUUCUGUCAGCAGAGGAGGCAAAUCUGAUCGAAUUGAGCAAUUGUCCGUUCAGGUGCAGCGAAGCGCUGGAAUGAAGGAAUGAGCAAGGGAGCGAGCUGAGGUGAGAAUGGAGUGGCAGUAAGCCCAAGCUCCGAGAGGAGAGGAGAGGUGAGGUAGUCGAGGCGGGGGUAGGGACGGGGAGCGACGAGGAGGAGGAGCAAGAGAAAAGGAAGAAUGUGGGGCAAGGGAGGGAUGGCGGAUGUCUGAGAUGCAGGAGGAAGGGACCGAAGGAGGGAGCUGGAAACAUGCUGAAGCUUCCUCCUCUGCAGUGUGAGCUCCCGCACAGCAGCACCAGCAGCAGCCGAAGCUUACAUGCCGUCGCCCCAAGCACCGCCACUGCCACUGUCACGGCCGCCGCGUGUUCGCCCUCUUCAGCCCCAGCCCCCGCUUGGGCUUCGAUCUCGUCCUGGCAGGUACACAAUCCUGCUGAGCCAGAGGAUUCGGGGCACGGCCCGAGAUGUGGGCUCCUCGGGGCUGCUUCUGGAGCCCCUCUCGUACGUGGGCGCCACUGCGACCCCCGCCGUGGAACGCAGCAAUAGCGCCUUAAGCCCCGCGGGGGUGGACGACGAGGAGAGGUUUCUGAACGCGCUCGUCGCCAGUGCUCGGAUCCGAGAAUCGUCCCGCCGAAACGAUUGUACAGGUCAGGAUGCGCAAGCCGACGAGCUCGGUGAUGAAUCUGCAGCAGCAGCAGAAGCUCAGGAAGGAGCAGUGGAAGAUGAAGAGUUGAAGGAGGGCAAGAGAGGGAGCAGCCGGCGGAGGCAUUUGGAGCGACUGGAGACGAAGAAGCUGAACAAUGGGAAGCAGCAAGCGUGGCGGCUGUACGUAGAAGGAUUGCGGAGCACAGACGAGCAGCACGGGCCGUCGCUGGAGGCCAAUUCCGAUCACCUCCGAGGGCUGGAGGAGACGAUUCUGUUUUUGGAUAGUAUGGGCGUCGAUGCCACGAAGGUUUUAGGUGUAUAUCCAUUCAUUGUAAACUGCUCGUUGGAGAAAUCCAAAUCGAUCAUCGAUACUUUACAGGCGGUGGGGUUGAAGGGGGCCGAUUUGGGCCGGAUUUUGACGAUGUCGCCGCAGAUUUUUGGCCUCGGGGUGGAGAAAGACCUGAGGCCCAAGAUUGAAUUUCUUCUGAAGGAAGUGGGGCUGAACAGGCAGGACCUGCGCAAGGUGAUCAGGCGAUGCCCUCGCCUGCUCGUCGUCGGCAUCGACGAUCAGCUGCGCCCGACGAUGCAGUUCCUGCGGAACAUAGGGUUCACGCACAUGGCGUCCGUGGUCUCGAACAACGCCACUCUGCUCACCUGCAGCGUGCCGAACAAGCUGAGCCCGAAGCUGAGGUUUCUGCAGAGCCUGGGCAUGUCGUUCGAGGACGCCGCCACCAUGGCCGUGCGCUUCCCGGCCAUUUUCAACUACGGCGUGGAGCAGAACCUCCGGCCCAAGUACGAGUAUCUAGUGACAGUCAUGGAGCGAGAUCUGGACGACCUCAAAGCAUUCCCGCAGUACUUCGGGUACAGCCUCGAUUACAGGAUCCGCCCCCGACACGAGCUCUUAGCCGCCAGGAACAUCAGGGUUAGCCUGCCCACUCUUUUGAAAAUCUCAGAUGAACAAUUUGCGCUCCGAUUCCAGGAGGAUGUACGGGUGAAAGCUGGGAAGAAACCAAAGCUUGCCACGGUUGCAGAUUCUCAGGCGGUCGCACGCAGGAGCGUUCCUGUCCCGAGCUGUCUCUGAUUUUCUUCGUGCCCUGCGUGGACCUGCCUGUGCCCUUGCCCGGCAUGGUUUGUAGCACUGGACCUUUUGUGUGCGCCGGCACCUUUGCAGGUCCACGAGAGCACGAGUGUACCAUGUUUGCAAUUCAUACACUUUGUAAAUACCAACCGGGUUCACCUUCCAAUUUGGCAUCUUCUCGAGCUGGACUUGGAAUUUGUGA